AUGUCUUCAAACGACCAAGGAGCCCCAAGAGAUGUUGAAUCGGGAGCCGGUGAUAUUUCAUCGGGAGGAACUUACAACUCAAAACGGAUUCAGAUGACUAAGGCUCAAGUUGAUGAAGUCGUCAACGUCAUGAAGAACAAUGUGAACAAGGUUAUGGAGCGUGAAGCUCAACUCAGCUCCCUGGACCAUCGUGCCGAUGCUCUUCAGAGCGGAGCUUCUCAGUUCCAGCAGUCAUCUCGCACUCUUCGUCAGAAGUACUGGUGGCAGAAUGCUCGUAUGAUGAUCAUUAUCGCCAUUAUCGUCGUUCUCCUCAUCGGAAUCAUCAUCCUCUGGAUUUCCAACUAA